UCCUGGCAAACAUGGCGAAGAAACAACGUGGGAAAACGGCGUCGUCUUCGAAGACGGCGCACAAAGAAAAAACGACUGAAAACCUGAACAUGAUUCUGGAGUCCAGCGACGACGAGGCGCCGGAGGAGGUGACCUUCGAGGACUCCAAAGUUCAGGCUUUACGGAGCAUGCAGCAGGCGCUGGACACGGCCAGGAGGGAGAAGGAGCUGCUGAAAGAGAAGAGGAGGAAGAGACAGGAGCUGUUCCAGGAGCAGAAGAAGAGAAAACUCUUACCAACUGAUGUGUUGGAGGAAAUUGACUCAUCUGCUACAAAGAAGCAGAAACAGGCUACAGAUGAAGCUGAAGAGGAGCAGCAGGAGGAAGAGGAGGAUAAAGACGAAAAAGGCAAGAGGAGAGAGAAGAAAAAGAAGACCAAGAAAUCUGCACAUUCUAGAAAUCUGAAAGGAAACUACACAGUCACGACCACGAACGAUCGAACAUUGACGUCGUUCCAGCAGCAAGCAGCUGAAGAUUUCAUCAAGUCCAGACUGUACGGACCCGGAAGCUGCAGAACCACAAGUAACGAGCUGCUGUCCCUCCAGAACAAGAAGGGAACCAAUAAGAGUGCAGCGGUGCAGUUUGUCAAGAAGGACUGGGCAUGUAAGCAAAAAGCCAAAGCAGAGAUGCUGAAGAAGAGGUGGAUCCACAAACAGCGGUUUCCCUCCAGCUGAUCUGAGAGCAGCUCAGACUUUAAAAGACUUCAAACAUGGUCUACUGUCUGACAUGGUUCUGGUUAAGACAGUAUAUGGACUAAUUGUGGGCUUGUUGGUAUACCUGUUUCUAUUUAUUUUUUCAGUCAAGACUUCACUUCUUUGAAUUUACAGCCACUAAAUGGACGGAAUGGCAGAUUUCUCAACAGUUCAGGAGCAUCCGUUUGUUUUCAGUCAUGUUUUCUGCUGUGUUUAUGGAACCACCAGCCGUUUAUUUCAAUGAAUAAACUCCUGACAUAAAAAUCUA